AUGUUGUUGGAGUUACAGGAGACGAUGUUAAAUGAUUCAUUAGAUAUUAAAUAAGGUGAUAUUGGUGGUAUAAGUGGAUCUGAUGUUAUUAAAGAGGCUGCAGAUAAAAUUUUUUAAAUAUGA